GAUUACUGGGUUGUCCAGCCUGACGACGAUUCUGGUUUUCAAGAUGAUGUAAGCGUGGCUUAUGGUGAAAACAGCCAUAAUCCUGUACAGAUCACCGCUUACAAAACGAUAACAUGGGGUUGCUUCACUCCAAAAAAGCAAGAGUCGAAGGAACGCGAAGAGAAGAGUCGGCAGAAGAUUGGGCUCUCUGAGUGGCCAGCAAGAACCGAAAGCUUUCUUCAUCGGGCUACAAAAAAGAUUAUCGGAAAGACUAGACGAAUCAUCGGGAACUUCAAACCGGAAGAAGAGAAAAAAGCCGCCACACAGAAACAGCAAGAUACAAAGUUGAAAGAAAACCAAACCCCGCAAGUCGUGAAUAUCAUUCUUCCUGCAAAUAGCAGCACAAGUAUUAACGAAGAUCUUGUGGAUGAUGGCAAAGUAAAUUUCUUUCGUGCCGACCCUUUGAGAAGCCCUUUUCGGGAAUCCCGCAGCUCACGCUCGAGUCGGGAAUCCCGAGAACCGCACCCGGAGGAUGAAUCACUGCGGAGGGAGUCUCGUUCCAGUAACUCGUUCCAGCGGGUUGAUCUAAAGCGAUGUUCAAUUCGAGGGCUCCGAGAUUCGGUGUUUCUAGAAUCCCGCGACUCGUUGUCCCGUGUCUCUCUGAAGUUCAUUGACAGACAGCCCAUGUUGAGGGUCUUGUUUGAAUUCCAAGCCUGUGACGACGAUGAAAUCGCUGUUCGAAGAGGAGAGCUUGUCAAAGUGCUGAACAAAGAUGACCAAGAUUGGUGGUGGGUGGAAAACGCUCAUGGGGAACAAGGGUUUGUGCCGCGCAAUUUCCUGUGGCCCUGUGGCUGUUAUGGUAAGGGAAGUCGGUAG